AUGAGCGAAUCCGCGGAGCAGCUCCGCAGAAUGCAAAUUAUCCAAAUGGCGGAUCUAGGAACCGCGCGGCGUGAAAUGAUUUCGACCGCUGAUAUCGCCAAUCAGGCUCGCACACACCUUGCCGAGAUCGAAUCCAAGCGACUGAUUGAUCAGAGAGAUGAAGAUCAAUUGAGCAAAUGGGCGAACUUCCACACUCAGAUCGGAGAUACUCAUGGAAUGGAGGAACUCGAUGACAUCGAUUCCGGCCAGUCUCACCGUGCUAGUUUGCACGCAAUGUUGCAUCCCGAUGGAAGCCAGCCACGGACUUACGCCAAUCAUCCUUACCCAACUCCAUCUGCAGGUCGCGGUGGUGGUGUCAUGGGAAAGAGAGGACGAGGUGGUGUUGUUCCCGCUCCCCCGAAGGGACCUGCUGAUCUUCCUCUGGCUUUUGCAAGAGCCGCAUUCCGAGGAAAUAUCGGCCGCCCAGGACGCCCAGGAACACGCGCUCGCUUGACCACGAUGUCGGCCAGUAUUCAUCUGGACCCUGCGCUGAACUGCAACAAUGACGAUGGUGAUUCUCGUGAGCGAGGAAGGGGACGUGGGUAUGGCAAGGGUAAGGGCAAGGCAAAUUCCCAGCAGCAGGUCCAGGUUCCGUCCGCCCCUAGCAGAGCUCAGCGGCAGCCUCCAGCAAUCGACUUUGCCACCAGAAUCUCCGACCCUGCCGACUUCAUGUCUUCAUUUCAGUCUCGCCGAGCGACUGAAACGUACAACAAGUCUACUGAUACAAUUGUCUCCGCUCCAAUGCAGAAGACUAAAUCUACACAAGAACCCGUUCCGACCAAAGAUCCAAAGCCCAAAAUGCCUCCGAGUGAUGCACCCAAGAAGAAAUCAACGAGCAUUCCUCCAUCUUCGAAGCAUGCAUCCUCACCUGUGGCAACAUUGACGACUCCGUCCCGUGCUGCCCAUAUUGACCAGCCACAUAUUGGACCCUAUCUAGUGGAAACACCACUCUCAGCUCGUGUUGUUCCUCUUGAUAAAACUGCAUCUUUCAAAACCCGCAAGGUCCAGCCUGAUACGUCCAAAUCUCCUAAGCCACACAAUAACACCCCUCAAGUGGAAGCACCCAUCCCGCCCGCAUCCCAUUCCGUUUCCGCCCAAAAAAGCAGCAAGUCACAAAAAGGAAAAGAUAUGGCGAGUAGUUCCCAGUCUCAUCAUUCAGCAGUGGGCACAAUCGCAGAGGAUGAAAUUCAAUGGAAGGUUUCGCCAGGCGAAGAGCCACGGAAGAACACGGCUUUAUCGACCAAAAAAGCAGUCUUGCCCAAAGCCACCAUGCCCAUCGCUGAGGCCAAGAAGACACCAGUCCCCAAAGUCACCCAACCUAAAGAAAGCAGGCAGAGUGUUCCUUCUGGUAUUCAGACGGAGGAGAACAAGCAGAAAGCCCAGUUGCAAGAUCUUCUCGGCGAGGGUGACUCACCGGUCAAUGCAGCAUCGUCAACCCCUCGUCAUUUAAAGACAGUGGCAAUCCAGAGUCCAGGUACUGCGGAAUUGGCGGGUCUCAAGUUUGCUGGGAAGCCCGGGGGGUCAGUGCCAGUCAAGAGCAUUGAUGAAGUGAUUGCGCCCAAAACAGCGAUCAAUGAGAUCGAUAUCUAUGGACCGCAAAUUAUUGAAGAACUUCGAGACAUCCGCAGACACAUUCGUUCGCCCCAAGACUUAGCUACUACCCGUGAUAUCGAGCGCAUACUUGAAUCGAAAUUGCUCCAGUUGGUUCCUACAGCAUAUGCACCACUACCUGCAGCACCUGCAGCCUCUGAAAUUGAAAAUCGGCUGGGUAGUCUUGUUGCACUUGUUGAGUAUCUUUCAACACCGCAGCAAGCAACUAACGCCGUCGAAGUUCCUUCGGCUGCCCGGCGCGACCUUACCCCCUUUGAGGGACACCGAUCGCCACCCCAGCCUUCGUCUAGUUCGAACUCACCCCCGUCUGCUGAUAACAACACGCACAAGGUAGGUGUGCCCGGUCUCUCGCCAACCAGGAGUGAGAGUUCCGACAUCAUUUCGCAGUUCGAAUCCCUUCAGGUCUCGGACAAACUCGCUGCGCCCCUCCAGCCUCAGCGUGUGGUCCGUGUCCCGACACUUCGUCUGCUUGAUAUUCCAAAGAUGACCCCUACCCCCGAUGCGUCUGGUCAGGUGACUCCUGCACUGGCGUCUCGUCGAAAGGAGGCAACCAAAAAGCCACGGACUCUUGACGAUUCGAUCUUUGCAGCACCUGUAGGCUCUGUCACUUCCAAUGCUAACGUUAUCAAACCUAAUGCGGUGCAAUCCCAGACCAUGACUUGGGGGCUGAGCGCAAACCAUCCGAACAUUCCCAAACAACAGGACGUUCACUCAACCGACGUUCGUACUAUCGGCCCUGCGCCAUACAAGCCACGUGUGAUCGGCCCUGCCCCCAGUCCCUAUGAACCAACCACCUUGCGCGAUGUUUCAGAAGCCCACAUUCGCACUCUUUCUGCUCGGCAUACUAGUACUGAGAAUCGGCCCUCAUUGGAUGUUCCCCAUGGUGCUUCGAGCUCUAUGGAUCAAUCCAGUGGCCCUAUUUCCCUGCAAGCCCCACGCCGACUGUUUUCGAUGCCUGAUCCUGCGACGAUUUCCCAGCCGAAAGCGAAGGCUACUGGUUCUUUCCCUUCCAACCGAUCUCGCCGCUAA